AUUCAAAAGAACAGUGCGCAUUCCAGGUAAGUACAGUAUCGUGUACCCUAUUUAUGCAGACAGUUGGUGUUAAAAAGAGCAAAAUAACAACAUUGGGAAUAUGAAGGCACUUUGGGUUAAAUAUUGUUUUGUUCAUUUAGGAAGCUGCUCUUUGUUUGGAACAAGGGGCAGCAAAUGAGAAGUAUCAUGAAUUUAAUGAACAUUUUGACAAAUAUCGUUAUAAAUGUUAUGUUAUUGUUCACACAACUUUGUACAAACUUCUUGAUGUUGUCGCCUCUGUUACAUUGUUGGCAUUGGCAGCCAUCGAACAUCCUGCAAUGUUGGGAAUGGACGUCCCAAUUUGGGUAUGUAUAUCAACAUCACUAUCACCAUCACCACAAUCAUCACCACCACCAGCAUCAUCUAACCCAUUACAAUCACCAUCAUCACCGUUUACCAUCACUAUCAUCACUAUCAUCACUAUCAUCACCAUGAUCAUCACCAUGAUCAUCACCAUCAUCAUCAACAUCAUCAUCAGCCCCAUUAUGACGAUCACAAUUACAUACCAUCACUACUGUCAUCACUAUCAUCAUCAUCAUUAGAUAAUCAUAAUUUGACCCCAUCACAAUUACCAUCAUCACCACCACUUCCUUCAAUAUUAUCCAAAGGGUCAUCAUCACUACCAUCCUGAUCGCCACCAACAUCAUCACUACCAGACAAGCAGGACUAUAAUCACUACAAUUAUCAUCACCACCAUCAUUAUUUCAUGCACCAGCGUCGAUCACCAUCACCAUCAUCAUCAUCAUCCACCAUUAUACAGCACUUAACAUAUUCUGUAUUUCAUUAGGUACAUGGUACUCUCGAAGCAUCUUGUCUUUUAAUCUUAAGUAUUUUAUUUGGCAUCAAAAUAAAAUGGCAAGGAAUACAAUUUUCCAAGUUUCAUAUAAAGACUAUAUUGAAG